CUGCUGGAGGACGAUCCGAGGAACAGUCGCUCUCCCGGGACGCGGUUUAAAAUGCUAAAUAGCCAACAUGUAGCCGCCUGGAGAGCUCCGAAACCCCACAUGUCACACUCGAGGGAGCCGCUGAUGUAAAAGGUUAUGGAUCCCAGCCUUCCUUGUCUCCUCCUCUUCACGCUGGUUGGCUCCGUCGUGAGCUCCUUCGAUAGCCGCCACCACAACAGCACCCGUCGCUAUGGCUACUGCGUGCUGGGAGCCGGGCCUGCUGGGCUGCAGAUGGGCUACUUCCUCUCCAAGGCCAACAGAGACUACAUCAUCCUGGAGAGGAACUCAGGACCGGGCAGCUUCUUCAACAAGUAUCCGAGGCACAGGAAGCUCAUCAGCAUCAACAAGAUCCACACGGGGAGGCGGAACCGGGAGUUCAACCUGCGCCACGACUGGAACUCCCUGCUGAGCGACAAACCCGAGCUGCUGUUCAGGAGAGUGAGCAGCGAGUUCUACCCGCCGGCGGACGCCUUCCCCCUCUACCUGUCCAUGUUCGUGAAGGAGCUCGGGCUGAGGGUUCAGUACGGCGUGGACAUCGGACGGAUCAGGGCGGCGCAGUCGGCCGCCGGGCGGAGCUACAUCCUGACUGAUCAGCACACGUCGGACUACACGUGCAGCGUCCUGCUGGUAGCGACCGGACUGUGGGUCCCUCAGAAGGUCGAGUUUGUGGGUUCUGACCUGGUCGAGGGCUACGAGUCCAUCUCCACCGACCCCGAGGACUACAGGGACCAGGCGGUGCUGAUUCUGGGAAAGGGGAACUCGGCUUUUGAAACAGCCCAGAGCAUCUUGGGACGAGCGAGUCGGGUGCACAUGCUCAGCUCCAGCCCCGUUCGGCUGGCCUGGCAAACGCACUAUGUCGGAGACCUCAGAGCCGUGAACAACGAGCUGAUAGACACGUACCAGCUCAAGUCUCUGGACGGGCUGGUGGAGGCUCGCCUGGAGAAGAUCGUCAUCGCUCAGCGGAAGGAGCAAAGCAGGAGGAGAUCUGGUGGAGGCAAGAAAGAGAGAAAGAGACAGCUGUAUCUAACUCUAAAGAAGUACGUCCACAGCAGGGAGGAGAAGAACGGCUCAGAUGUGACGGGAGAGGAGCUGCCGGGGCAUCACAUCGACAACUUCCCCAUGAGAAAACCGUACGACCGCGUGAUCCGGUGCCUUGGAUUCCGGUUCAACUUCAGCGUGUUUGACAGCUCCGCCUGCCCACCACACAGUGAAAACGCCAAAGGCAGGUUGCCGGGGGUGACGGCCUGGUAUGAAGGGAAGGACACGCCGGGCUUGUUUGUGCUGGGAACCGCCGCCCACUCCAGAGACUACCGCUCAUCCGCCGGAGGCUUCAUCCAUGGAUUCCGUUACACAGCACGAGCUGUACAUCGUGUGCUCGAACGCCGUUACCAUAGCAACCGGUGGCCAUCAACACAACUGUUGACAACGCAGCUGCAGUCCUGGAUUCUGAAGCGGGUCGGCGAGGCCUCUGGGCCGUACCAAAUGUUUGAGGUGCUGGGGGAUGUCGUUCUCCUUCGAGGCUCUCACUGUGAAUACUUGGAGGAGUUUCCGAUCCAGGCCUUGCCUCAGUUUUCCUCCCUUUCUGGCCGCGAGGUCUCCAGCCACGGACUGAUAGUUGUCGUCAUGCAGUACGGGAAGAAGAAGAUCGACUAUCUGGGGCGCAGCAGGGCAGAAACAGACUGGACUAAAGCGUGGCAGUCCAACUUUCUGCACCCUGUUUUAUACUACUACGACACACUUCCUACUGAGGAAGAAAUGAAGCUGCGUCCCCCCGGCUGGCCUUUACCACGGCCCAAAGCGAUCCAUCACAUGGUGGAGGACUUCCUCACUGAAUGGGACGGUCCCAUAUCUCACAUCCAGCCACUGCGACGCUUCCUGGAGCACUGUGUCCACACUGACCUCAGGGCCUUCUAUGCAGAAUCAUGUUUCCGCUUGUCUCUUACCCACCGUAAGCCGCCGCAGUUUUGUCAGCAGGGAUACUUGAAGCAUCAGGGCGUCCCUCACAGCGGUCGGCCGCGGCAGCACGUUCACGAUGCCGGACCGGCGCCCGCCGAGCAAGACGCUGGCACAUCAGGGGCCGACCCGGCGUUCCCCAACUACCUGGCACCAGCUGGAGCCUCCAUGUCUUCAGGACUGAAACUUGACUUGUGAUUGUUUUACCUUCGGGUGUUACUGCUACCAUACAUGAUGCUGUUUCUCAGAGCUGCUACCUCCAGCACCCCGUCGUCAUUUUGUCCCUUUUGCGAGACCAAAUAUUUGGACAGCAUACCGUCCUGCAGAACGGUGGUUCCCAACCUUUGUUUUGGUUUGAUUUUCUACCCCAAACUCUUUCAACCAAAGAUUGAUUUUUAUUUCUUUACUUUAAUCAUUUUUAAGUGUGACAGAAGAAAGCGCGACACAUAUAUUGUGUAUUUUAACUUCUGCUAAUCAAUUCUCGCCCCUCACACUUGAUUUUUGGGUUCAGACCUGCAGGUUGGAAACCAGUGCACAUCACUGGAGGAGUUUGUUGAGCCUUGAAAGCUCCUGUAUUACUAUUAUCCCCCACAAAUAUUUAUGUGAAGAGUUCAUUUGCAAAAACAGAUAACUCCAUUUUUGUAGAUUUUCAGAAAACUU